AUGCAGGCUCUGGCAAAAAACGGCGGCGGGCCAGCGCCGUUCCUGGUGAAGACCCACCAGAUGGUGGAGGACGCGGGCACCGACGAGGUUAUCUCCUGGAACGAGGAAGGCAACGGCUUCGUCGUGUGGAAGAUGGCGGAGUUCUCCCGGGACCUCCUCCCGGUCUUCUUCAAGCACAGCAACUUCUCCUCCUUCGUCCGCCAGCUGAAUACCUACGUAAGUUGCCUCCCCCCGACGAACCCUACCUUCUCCAUAUUUACGAGGUCAACAGUCUGAGGAGACCUUCCUUCCUUCCUUCCUCAGGGCUUCCGCAAGGUGGUGCCGGAUCGGUGGGAGUUCGCCAACGACAACUUCCGCCGCGGGGAGCAAGGGCUCCUCUCUGAGAUUCGCCGGAGGAAGCCCCCCCACUCUCAGCACCAUCACGGCGGCAGCGGCGCCGGCGCCGGCGGUGGCGGCGGUGGGGCUCCCAACUCGUCCAGGGAGGAGGACCAGAGCUCAGCGUCGACCUCCUCGCCGCCUCCGCACCGCCUCCACAGGCUGUCGGAGCUUUCCGACGAGAACGAGAAGCUGAGGAGGGACAACGAGACCCUGAGCUCCGAGCUGGCGCAAGCCAGGGGACACUGCGCGGAUCUGCUCCGCUUCCUCUCCAAGUACGUCGACCCCGCCGAACUUGCCAUGGCGGGAGGGGAUUCAGAAACCCCAGAAGACGAGGAGGACGGCAGCAGCCUGAGGCUGUUCGGCGUGUGUCUGACGAAGAGACGACGUUGUGACGGAGGCAGCGGCGGUGGCGGCAGCGGCGGCGGUAGCUCCGUCCUCAAGAAGAUGAUGAGUUUUGAGUCGCCGUGGGUGGAGCCUCUCUCUUCUUCUCUCGUUAAAGGGGCCGGUAGAACUUGA